AUGACUGAUGAUGGAAUGUCAUCACUACAAAUUGCUAAACAACUACGAAAGGUGGUCAGUGAGCGAACAGUCAGACGAUGGCAACAUUCAUAUAGAAGCACCGCUACAAUUGACUUGAAAACACCUGCUGGUAGACCCAGAAUUAUACGAACAAAAAAUCUUAUUCGAAAAGUCAAGAAUAGGUUUAUUUACAAAAGUCGACAAAGUGCAAGGAAAUUAGCUAAUUUACUUGGUAUUUCGAAGGGGACAAUCGGUUGCAUCAUUCAUGACAAUCUUCAUUUACAUGCUUAUCAUGUUACGAUUGAGCCAAAUUUAAAUUAUGAACAUGAACAACGAAGAGUAUCAUUCGCAUAUUGGGUACGAAAGUGGUUAAGAAAAAAAGAUCGAGAAAAAAUCUUAUUUACUGAUGAAAAAUACUUUGAAUUAGAUGGCAUUUUCAAUCGUCAAAAUGACCAUGUUUAUGCUCCCUGUAAACAAGAUGCCGAUGAACACAAAGGAACAAGGCCGACGGCCAAGUUUCCAAAAAGAAUUAUGGUAUGGCUUGCUGCAUCAAAAAAUGCUCUUUCACUUCAAAUUAUUUUUGAGCCCUGUGAAGCAUUAACACACGAAAAAUUAUAUUGA